CGAUAAGACUGAUUUUUCCAACUGCGAGGUUUACCAUAGUAUAUUUCCAGGAUUGAAAAUAGAGAAAAAUAAUAGGCAGCACAUCGUACUGCAGCUCGUGUCUGAUAUCAAUCAACCUAAGCAUCAUUUUACCAGACAACUGCAAACAACUAUGCACCUACACCGGCUACUUAAGUAGUUUGCAUAGUAAUUCUCCCUUAUCUGAUUGCACGCGUGGAGUGCAAAAGUAUUGCGUCGAAUGUUAAGGCUGGAUUUGGAUAUGUAAAAUGUGUAAAUGUACGAACUUCUUGCUGAAUAAGAAGUCGUAGAACUUAAAAAAGAUGACAUAGGUAAAACUCACGAAUAUACUUGUCUCAGAUGUGAGGAACAUUCUGCGUGUUUAAGAAGCAAAAUUAGUGCGCUUGGCAAAAUAUUUAUAUAAAUCAGAGUAAUUUGAAUUACCCGUAAAUUAGUAAAAUGGGAGUACAAGUGACCAAUGGGUUUAAACGGUAUGGAGGUGGGGCAUUGGUUUUGAAUGAUCUCAACCUGAACGUAGGCAGAGGUGAAAUUUAUGGAUUACUGGGGGCGAGUGGUUGUGGCAAGACCACAUUGCUUUCUUGUAUUGUCGGUUUACGAGAAUUGGACGAUGGACAGAUCGCAAUUUUUGGCCAGGAACGGCAUGCACAAUUAGCAGGCUUGUGCGGAUAUAUGCCACAGGAGUUCUCUCUUUUGAACCCUUUAACUAUUGCGGAGCUGCUAAAAUAUUUUGGAAUGAUAUACGGCAUGGAAAAUGCGGAGAUAGAAAAUCGAGUAAAAUUUCUCCAGUGUUUUCUUGAUCUUCCUCCAAUCCACAGCCCAAUCCAUGAUUUGAGUGGAGGUCAAAAACGUCGCGUCUCUUUGGCGACUGCCAUGAUUCACAAUCCACCUCUGCUCGUCCUCGACGAGCCUACUGUUGGCCUAGAUCCCUUACUUCGACAACGAAUCUGGACGCAUCUCAACCAAAUAUCCAAAGAGGCGGGAACUACCAUCAUUUUAUCCACCCAUUAUAUCGAAGAAACGAAGCGCUGUGACAAGAUCGGGUUCAUGCGUGGGGGUCAACUUUUAGCUGAAGAUUCACCGAAAUCCCUCAUGUCAAAAUUUAUGACUGAUAACAUGGAAAGAGUUGCUCUGGAUCUUUGUCGACAAGACGAAAAAUUCCAACGUACUUGGGAACACAGUUUUAGCGGCGAAUUUCAAGAAGAACUUUCAUUAACAUCGUAUCGGAAAGUUUGCACAUCGCCAAAUGGCGUUGUCAAGUCCAUUGCCCAGCCUAUGAUCCCUGCAAAACCUGACCAUGUGAAAAUUCUCUGCGCAUUAUUUAUGAAAUGGUGGCAUCGUCAGCGUCGCGAUUUAAGAUUGGUCGUGUCCGAAUUCCUGCUUCCCGUCAUGGUAGUAGUCAUGCUGCAAAAUAUCUUUGGCGUCCCUCCGAAAAAUGUAAAAAUGGGGGUAAUUUUCCCAAAUGAAAUUUCCAGUAUAUCGGAAUAUUGCAACAAUAGCCAGACUGGGUCAGGGUGCCUCGAAAAUACUGGGAUUUGUAAUUUUCUCGACAAAUUCAACAAUUCUGAAUUCACAUGGAUCCCUACAAGUUCAUUUGAUGCCGGUUUGGAACAAGUAAAAUUUGGCCGUACUUUCUCCUUCAUGCACUUUCCAUCAAAUUUUUCAUCUCAUCUCAAAAAUAGGAUGCUUCUUCGUAAUUUUGCCGACAAUCAUACCAUCCACGGGUCCUUAAUAUCAGUGAAGAUGGAUGAAUCAAACAUUAUAUCAUCAGCUUGGGUAAAGAAUGUUUUAAUUGAAAAGUUCAUGUCCUUCGUUCGUAGCAUUGCAAGCGCUUGCUCCGUGAAUAAAGUCACGGUUAGCCAUCCCAUCAAGUUCAAUGCGAUAUAUGGCAAUAUUGAGCUUGGCAACCUGAUCUCAUACAUCCAGCCGGGCAUUAUAAUUUUCAUGAUCUUCUCCCAAUCGUGUGGGUUUGCCCCUCUUUGGGUGGAGGAUAGGUUAGGAGGUUUAGACGACCGAGACUACGUUGCAGGUGUGUCCAUUUGGCACGGAUUGGUGUCCAACUUUCUUUUCCACUCGCUACUUGCCGUGGUCGAAAUUGCCCUUCUUUUCGGAAUUCUUGCUGGUUUUUAUGGAAUGGAAAUCAAAGGUUCAUGGUAUCUCGCGAUGGCGUUGGUUUUUCUAACUGCGACGUGUGGACUCACGUGUAGUUGGAUGAUCGCCGCAUUGAGGGAUGGACUUCUCGAGACAAUAUUCAUUGCAUUGUUUUUUUCAUUAACUCAAGAAUUUUCGUCUGGAGUUAUAUGGCCUUUGGAAAUGUCGGUGCCUUUCUAUCGCACGCUGGCGGAGUUAUUCCUGCCAAUAACGAAUAUUCUCAAGUCCUACAGGUCAAUCUGCAUCCGUGGAUGGGGAAUUAGUCAUCCCCAAGUGGCCAAUGGUUUCAUAACGGCUAGUUGUUGGAUUGUGAUUUCAAUUAUUAUCACUAUUAUUGCAGAGAAGAGAAGACACAAAUAAAUUCGUGCAAUAUCUGUA